AUGGCAGAUUCCAAAGCAAUGUUGCCAAAACUGUCACAGAACUGGGCAGAUGCCAAAAAGUUCAAUGCCCAACGAGUUCUUCGCCGGCUGAAAGCGGAGAGUGGGGAUCUGGACUCCAAGGAAAACCUCGAUCACAACAUGAAUACUGUAUUUCAUCAGCAAAGCGACUCCCAACCAACAAUCACUCGACCUGCCAUCGCUGUUUCUGUAACCAUGAGUGAAGACGAAGAGGACCAAACUAUUCCCGGAAGAAGUGCCUCAGACAAUGAUACAACUAAUGUUUCUGCAUGGGCCAUGAUGGAACACUAUGACUGGUCCAGGGAUGCCGCAUCCAAGAGAUCUGUGAGCUCCAAUCGAGAAGAAGAAACACAUUCGUCACAAAUCUCUGGAACAGAAGAGGAUGCAAGGGAACUGGAUGUGGGCAUUCCCGAGAACCACCUCUUGACAACCACAAUGAUUGAAUGGCAAGAAAAUGAUAAUGGGGAGCUGAUUGAGCCAUCGAUACAUGAUGAUUCAUCGUCGAAUGAAAGCGUUGCGAUCAGUCAAACAGGGAGCGCGUCGUUUUCAGGUCAAAUCGGUCUGAUUGAAGGGAUUGUUACGGGCGUCAGCGAUACGAAACAAGAAAUUCGUGUAUACAACUCCAAGACUGACAUUUCUCAAUCGACAGCCACACGAGUGCGAGAAAAAAGGGAUUUCCACCCUGGACAUUCUGCCUUGGCCGUACAAAUGUCUUUUGAACAGGAUGAUGGCAGUUCACAUGGGAAUUUUCAUAAUGAUGACGUUGGUAACUUUGAUGAAUCAAUCACAUCAAACAAUGAUGGCAAGGUUUCGGUCUUGUCUAUUCAAUCCUCUCUUUUUCCAGCCAACAAGGUGGCUAGUAAGCAACACAACAAGGACAACGUCGAUAACCAACGAACUUGUUAUUUGUCCAAAAUUGAAAAACUUGAAAAUGAUUUGAGAAACCAGAAAAAAAGCACAGCUACAGUGCAAUCCAAGUUGAAGGACAGAGUGGUAGAGUUGGAGCAGGCUUUGAGGGUUACAGCUGCAACACCAAGGGGGACUGUUGUCCAGGAAAAUCCACUAAAAACACUUUUGGACAGGAAUCAGACUUUGGUCAAGGAAGUAAGAUUUGCUGACCAGACUUGUGUUGAAUUAUCAUCUCGUGUUACUUCAUUGGAAGAAGAGAAAAAGGCUCUACUGGAGCGUGUGGAGCAGUUGGAACGGGAAAAUGCGGAACUGAAAGUUGGUCGUCAACAUACCGAAGGCUAUGGAAAUGACAAGAAAGAUAGUAGAGAGGUCGAAUUCAGUGGUUUGAAUGGAAAGAAGCCAUCAAACACCGUUGCAAAUACAGAAUCUUUAAUUUCUGCUUCCAAUGACCUGUGUGCAGAGAUGUCUAGAGUCAGUAAGGAGAACAACUCAUGGAGACAACAGGUGGUGAGUAUGCAGAAUCAGCUAGACACAUACAAACAGGAACUGGAAGAAGAGCGCAAAAAGUCGCAGCUCCAUAAAAACCAAUUGACAGAAGGAGUAAAAUCUGCAGAAAGUUUUGGAAGUAGUAUGGGUGACGACGCCAGAAAACUUCAAUUGCUUUCGUUCGAGCAAGAACUGAAGCGUGAAAAAGCAGUUGUUGCUUCGCUCAAGAAAGAGCUCAUUACUCUACGAACGAUGCAACAAGACAAUCCAGAGUUUUGUGGCGGACAGGGUGAUUUUGAAACCAUGCAACUGGUGAGCGGUGCGUUGAGUGAAAUGCAGCAGCGGUAUGCGGGUCUCGAGGACCGAGUAUUGCCAAUUUUUGACGUCUAUAUCUCGAGACUAGGACACUUGACAAAGAAAGUUGAAGUGUUGAAGUCGUCUCUUCAUUUCGAAGCAGAGCCACAACCGAUAAUGAUAAAAAACAGGCAGCAUAGAACAACAAUAAGCGGGAGCUUCCUCUCAACCCCCUCAACCAAAGAAGACGUCCUUGAGUUGAUGGAGGAAGCUAGGAUCCCGGGAGAUUCGCACAUCGACUUCCACGACGACGAUUCUUCGAUUCGUUUCGAAGACAUUUCAAAUUUUGCUAUUGACGACGAUACUCUGGGAUCAGUAACAAAGAAUAGGUCUAUAACAACAGACGAGGGACACACACGGUGGAAAGAGCAACUCGAGGCUGUUCUUCAUGAAUGCAAUCGAGUGAAGAAGCGAUCUACCGAGUUACGGGACGAAAUAGUUCGACAGAAAUCAACUAUAGAGGUGCUAGAAGGGGAGAAUGGCAAGUUGUCGCUUCAGAGCUCGAGAAAAAGCGAGGAGAUUGAAAUGGUAGAGCAGGCUCUUCUCGAAGCAAGAAAAGUCAUCGCAGAGCUCGAGGAUAGAUUCCGUGAAGCCAAUGAUGAAAACGAGAAUUCCCUCAAGUCUUUGCGAGAAAAAGAUGUUAAUAUUGCAUUGCUGCAAAAAUCUGUCCAGCGUUCAGAAAGCGAUUGUACAAUGGAAGAAACCAAGAGGCAAAUCUUGGAAAAGCGAACAUCUGAAUUGGAAGUAUGCCUCGAAGAGAAAACUAAAAUGCUCGAUGAGGCAACACAGCUGUCAUCCACGUACAAAGCCAAAAACGCCCAGCUGACCAUAGAAUUAAGCAAGACUCGCGAAGAAGUUCGUGAAAGCGUGGAUUCUGCAAUAUCAGAACUUCAAGUUUCUCUGAAAGAAGCAAAUGAAUACAUUGAAGAUCUAAAGAUCAAGAACCAAGAAGCUAUCGACGAUCUUUCUGAAGCUGUCGAGUUCAAUACAUCCCAAAAGAAGCAAAUUGACGAGCUGCAAGCUGAGAAGAAGAAAAGAGCUUCCGAUGUAGAAGACAGUAUUCUCGAAUCUCAAUGUUCUCUGGAAACAAUUCGACGAGAAAGGGCGGAGCUACGGUCCAAGUUGUCAAAACGAGAUGCAGAAUUGAGUGGUCUGAGGGAGAUGUUCACGAAGUAUAAAGAAACUAGCCAGAUCCAACUUGAUAAGCGACUCAAGCUGGUCCAAACUCUUCAAAGCGAGAAAGCAGAUGUACUGUUUCACUGCGAGAAUUUGCAUAUCAUGCGACGAGAAUUUUUGGGAUUGAUCAUGUCCAUUGAUCUUUUUGAUAAUUUUACCACCGAGGUUGCAGCGGACCAGAGCGAGGGAUUCAAGGAUUGCAAAUCCAUUCACUUGGAAAACGAAAUAUUGUUUUGGAGGGACAUUUUGCAGCAUGUUGGGGGUGUGCUGCGUGCUUUGCCAAAGAGAAACAAAGAUUACAGUGAAGCGGUAGAUAAGAUUGAGUCACUUACCAAUAGAAUGGCCGUAUUGAAGAAGUCCGAAAACGACUGCAAGGUGACACUUUCUCAAGAAAGGAAACAAAACGAUAAAUUGUGUAGCCUUCUUGGCCAAGCUGAGUUUGAGAUGGAAAGAUCUGCGCUGCAAAUCCAAGAGAUGUCCGCGGCGCUUUCGCAUUUGCAACAGAAUGAAGCCAAACUGAGCGAAAAAAUCCGGACGAGAGAGAAGGAAUACUCCAGCUGCUCAGAACAAUUGGUCUCAUUACAGAAGGAGGUUUCCAAUGAACGGAAAGAGAUCCAAAAGGAGAAAAUCGAGCUGGAGGAAACAUUGAAAGAGCAAGAAUCACAAUUGGUCGAGACGACUGCAGAAUUGUCUGCGACAAAAAGUGAGCUUGAAAAAAUUAUGGAUUACCAACAAUCACAAGCCACAAUAAUUAGCUCCCAAGAAGAGAAAAUCAUGGCAUCGGAAUCAAAAUGCAAACGACUACGUGAAUACAUUCAAAAGCUAACAAAAAAAUGCGAAGAAUGGGAGAAGAGUUACGACCAGCAGUUCAAGUGCAUUGAAAAACUGCGACGCAAGAACACCAAAGUCCUCGACAAGGGAUCUGAGAUUGCUAAAAAGUAUCAUAAGCUGAAGGCAGAUGCCCAAAGAAAGCGAACAUCCCACCAUAGCGAUCGGGAAAAAUGGAGUAGUGAACGAUCCAAUAUACAAGCGGUACACAUUCAGUUGGAGGAAGAAUUAGAUCUCAUCGCAAAAGAGCUCAAUCUCAGAUGGCACAGUCUGCAUCAGUUGUUGUUCUCUCACCACCUGGGGGAAUUGGUGAAGUUGCGGCUGUCGAAGCAGCACGCCAAGUGUCUUGAUCAGAUAUCUGCUGCAUCGGGAACUCUCGAACUCGCAGGCGCAAGUGUCGAAGAUCUCACCCAAGGUGACGAGGCGUUGGUUGCAGCUUCAAAAUGGUGCGGGGCGGCAGACGGGCUAAUUUGUACAUAUGAUGGUUGCGAUGACGCAGGCAACCACAAAGCCGCUAUUCGUCUUGCAGUGCAAAGUGUUUCUCGUGGAGUAAGUGGGGUGCAGAUUGCUGUUCUGGCAUCAGCGGAUGAUUUGGUUGAAGAUGUUGACAAUGACGGUAUCGCUGGAGCACUUGGUUCCUUCUUUCGCGACUCACCAAAGGUCCCACCAACACUGACUCGAUCGUUGGCCUCCAGCCCGUACACCUUGCGUCACGGCGAGCUUUUUGGGAAACCCGAAUCAUCACCAGACUUUUCGCCGCUGGUUGGUGGACUAAGACGAGAACCCAUCAUAACAGAGGAAUAUACGAUGCGUGGUGUCCGGGUGGAUCCAUUUAUUAUCUCAAAUUCUCAAGCUUCUUCUUCAAUCAGAACAUCGCGCCAUGCUAUUGGAGAGGCAGCUGCAUUGCUAGCAAUUAGUUCAAUAGCUCUACCAAAGGUAGCCGCUUGCAUUUCGUCACAAACUGGUAGCCAAAAAGUAUCUACUGAGGAGUGGAAUGAUGAAUUCGCUCGAAUGGACGAAUCAGCAAUGUCAGGAAAAGGAUCGAGUCUGUUUUCACAAGAAAUGGUCGUUGACGAUACCGAACGACUUGCUGACUGGCUGGCUUCAAAAUGGGCGCCUGCUGUUCUACGAACGUAUGAUAUUGCGGCCAUUAGGAUUGGAGGAAGACCUGUCUAUGCCAAAAGACUAGAUUCUGGGAUGGUAGAAAUCGUGUGGCAGGAACUUGUGGACUUUCAGUCACGGGUCAUUGGUAGGAUGAUAUUGGAGGUUCGCAGCAAUGGAAUCGAGGCGAAACGAGGACCGGGAGAUGCAACUGAUGGUUUUGGUUCAAUCAGUGUGAAACAACUCCCAGGAGAAGAGGUUUUGGUGAAUCGGCUCGCAGAUGCCGCAGCUCAAGCAGUAGACAAAGGAUUGGCAAGAAAGGCACGGUCAAAGGCUAUAGCUACAGCUGUAAAGCCAGCUCCUGUCCGAGUGACGACUUUGGAAUCUUCUGGUGCUGUUGAUGGCCCUGUGAAGGAAGCUGUCUCUGAGACUGGUCCUCGAAAGGCGGGUGCUCGACGAUCUACUCCUAGGCGACGGAAGACAGCUGGUAAUGACAGCUCCGAAGCUUAA